GGCAGUAUCGGCACCAUUAUAGCAAAUCGCCGCUGGACAUAAACAAAGCCAGUACAAACGCCAUACGAUUCCAGCGGAAAGUAUACCACAGGUGUAAACAAUGGCCAGUUGCUGAUCACUUCGACGACUGUAUAAAUCGACGUUCACUUGUCUUGCUGAUACUCUUAUAUGCGUAUCUGUUACAAGCUUCUUGCGGAGAUAUCUUACCGUCUGUGUUUAUUGUGUCCGAAAAACUCGUUUACUUUUUACCAUUUUAAUUUUGUUGCUGCUGCUGCUGCUGCUUGUGGCUUAAGUAUUACCAGUUCGUGGACGAAUAAAAAUCAAUCAUGACUAAAAGACACCACAUCAAGGAGCUUCUCAAUGCUGUGAACAAAAGAUGCUUGAAGCAAGUGGAAAGCAGUGUGGCAAGCGGAGGAGACAUAAACAUACACUUAACUGACAAGGGGCAGACUGCUCUGCACUUGGCAGUCCUUCAAAAUGAUUUGAGCCUCACAAAGCUUGUUUUGAGUCUGGGUGCUGAUAUCAGCAGGACAACUAACAAAAAGGAAACAGUGCUGCACUUGGCAAUGGACAACAAUAAUCCAGCUAAAGCAAAAGAUAAACAAGCUCUUUGUUUUAUGCAGCGCAAUGAGGCCCUAGUCGAGUUCCUCUUGAGCCAUUCACUGGAUAUGGAUGCCCAAAAUAUUUCUGGUCAAAGCGCAUUACAUCUGGCUGUUCUGAACAGUAGUGAGAGCUACAUUAAUUUGUUACUAAAAACUAGAAUAGAUGUCAACCUCACUAUGAACAAUGGCUCGACAGCUCUGCACUGUGCUAUGACAGAUUUGGUAGAUAGCAGUAAAAGAAUGUCUAUAGUUUGGUCACUCGUUGAAUCUGGUGCACAGAUCAAUAUUCAGAAUAAAAUGGGUGAAACUGCACUCUACCUAGCAUCAAAACUAAAUAAUGUUGAUUUGGCCAAUUACUUAAUUUCCAAGGGAGCAGAUGUCAACUGCAUGACCAGAACUCAGUUAACAGCAAUGUUUGCCGCCAUCAAGCAUUGCAACUUGAAAAUGAUGAGGUUGCUGAUAAAGAAUGGUGCCAGGAUCAAUGUCAUCAACAAUGCUGGAGAUAAUCUUUUACACUACGCUCUUAAGAACGUUGACAGAGGAGAAAAGCGACUCGAUCUAGUCAAAUUGCUGUUGAAAAACGGCCUCGACAUUAAUGCCGAGAACCGCAACCGGCGCACGGCUCUCUUUAUCGCUCUGGGAGUCGGUGACGAGGACCUCCUAAAUCUUCUCCUCAAGCAUGGCAUAUGCCCAAACACAGCAGAUUCCUUUCACCUGACUCCUCUACACGUGGCCAUUAAACAAAAUAGUCAGACGUGGAUGCAAAUCCUCUUAAAACACGGUGCCGUCGCUAACGAGAACUCGGCCGCCUAUCCAAGAAACGCGGAGCCUCUGAUCUCUGAGGCCAUCAGGUUGAAUCGGAUCACGCUAAUUGGAUUACUUGUGGAUCAGGGCUCGGAUAUGCACAAAAGUGUCAUGUUUACUCGUACACCCUUAAACACUUCCAUAUGCAAUGGCCUGCACAAAGUUACGAAUUUGCUACUGAAUCGCGGCGUAAACAUCAACCUGAAAGACCGAUACGGUGAUACAGCGCUUCAUGUGACAGUGGAGAAACUUAUCUUCGGUAGCGCUGUCGUCAGCCUUAAUCUUGUAAAUAAACUGCUGAGCCUCAGGGCGGAUGUGUGUGCUGAGAACAAAAGAGGUUUAACCCCCUUCACAAUGAUCUUCGAUCCUCUUCGGUUCGAUGAUCGCAAGACGGAGCCUGGCUUCACUCUAGUGCGGCAUAUGGCCCUUAUGACCGUAAGGCAGCAGUUCAUCGGAGUAAAGAACGUCGAUGCAAUUCUCUCGAGACCGGAAUAUUUUACCAUCUUUCAACUCAGUCUCCGAGAGAUUCACUUGAUGCAGAAGACCAAGAUUGGCAACAGCAAUGUGUUCUACUACGAUUUGUUGACGGGGAAGGGACGUCAGCUGGUCAAGUACGCGCAGAACGUCGACGUUGCUGAGACUAUGGAGGCACAGAAGUACAGGCUUGCAUACUGCCACUACUAUUGCAUGCAGCUGAUAGUCAACUAUACCACUGGUAAGACGAGAUUAAAUCUGAUACGGCAAGCUAGCAUAAAACUGGUCGAGCUGGCGCCGGUCAAGUUGCCCACAGAAAUCGCCACUUACAUUUGUGAACACUUGUCAAACAAGAACCUGCUGAACUUGGAGAAGACGAAACUAGAUGGUAGAAGAAGGGCCGAGCCGCUUACUUUCACUAUGCAAUUGAGGAAGAGGAGAAGGAUGAUUUGAGGGUUGUCCAAUAUUAGUUGUAUUAUUUAUUUUACCUGUGUUUGUUUCAUUGUAGUCAAGACUACAAUAUACAUCGAACAAUUUGCUCACCAAAGACUGUUUAACGUUUUUACCGUGCUGCGAUUCGUAUUUUUUAACAUCUAUAUUUUGACAUUAAUUGCGUUAUCUAAAUGUACAAUAUAUCACAUUUUAUGUGUUAUAGGAAUAACAAUAAUUGUAAAUUGCAAUUAUAAAGUAAUCUGUGACUUGAGUUCUCAUGAACGAAUUAUAAAAGACGAAAGUUUCAUCGUCGUAAAAGGUUUCGCGAUUUUAAACCACUAAAGCAUUGUAUAAUCGUAUUGUUGUAUUAUGUAAUAAUUUGUAAACUAGACUAUGGUUCAGCGUUCCUGUAGUAAAUAAUAAUUAGCGAUUACUAGAUGUAACGAAAUGCCCGUCACUUCAUUUCUCGCGAACGAGUUAUAAAAAAAAAAAAAAAAAAAACAAUCCACCGCAAUAAAUAAUGCUUGCGA